GCGCGGAUGGGUGCAGUGGUUCACCUCCUCUCGGUGUCCCCGCUCUUUAGACUAUGUGGCAGGCAUUUUUCUUGUCUUGAAAUAUUUUAACGCGGCGAGCGUGAGACACUUUUGCUUUUGGACAGGACGAUUUCUGUCGGAAGACAACCUAAAGGCUAAUUGAUGUGGAUAUCUCCCAGGGGACGUCUUUUUAAAUUCAGAGACAGCGACAGUCACGACUUGACAGCGGGGAAGGGCUCUGGUCAGUCUGAAGUGAAGGAUCACUGGGCUCAGCCCCUCUCCAUCCAUUGAGUCACAAUUAGACACAUAGGGGAAAACCACACAGACACAUUUACACGACAUUUACUCACAUUUACACACACAGACCCUUGAGUAUACACACACACACACACACACACACACACACACACACAGAAGGACUCAUCUGUGCACAGACACACAUUCACAAACAGGCCCUCUGAGCAGGAUGAGGGAACCCUGGAGGUGCCUGCUGGGCCUGUGCCUCCUGGCAUGCUCAGUCUCCACCCACAGUGCCACCAACCCCUUCGCGGGGCAACAGACCCAUCUAGAUCCUUGCUAUGACGACACAGGUGCAGCCCGCCGCUGUAUCCCCGAGUUUAUCAAUGCUGCCUUUGGAAAGGAGGUGACGGUGUCCAGCGUCUGUGGCCGGCCUCCGUCCCGCUCCUGUAGCGUGGUGGAGCGGGGCGAUGAUCGGCCCUCAAUACGUACAUGUCAAAUCUGUGAUGCAGCUGACCCUCGCCGUGCCCACCCUGCUUCCUACCUCACCGACCUCAACUCGGCCCACAACCUCACCUGCUGGCAGUCAGAGAAUCUGAACACCUCUCCGUACAAUGUGACUCUGACCCUUUCAUUGGGUAAAAAGUUUGAGAUCACCUAUGUCAGCCUGCAGUUCUGUUCACCACGACCCGAGUCCCUGGCCAUAUACAAAAGCAUGGACUAUGGCAAGACCUGGAUGCCCUAUCAGUUCUACUCCUCACAGUGCAGGCGUAUGUACAAUCGGCCCAACAAAGCAACCAUUACCAAGCAGAACGAGCAGGAGGCUCUGUGCACAGAUGGCCACACUGACCUCUACCCGCUUUCUGGAGGACUCAUUGCUUUCAGCACACUAGACGGACGGCCCUCUGGUAAAGACUUUGACAACAGCCCCGUCCUUCAGGACUGGGUGACUGUCACAGAUAUCCGUGUGGUCUUCAACCGGCCCCAGCUACCACGGGAGCUGGGAGUCGGGGCUGGAAGCAACAGCGGAGGGAGGGACGAUGACCCCAUGGCAGUGACAUCAACACUGCCAACUUAUUUCUAUGCAGUGGGAGACUUCCAGGUGGGCGGGAGGUGUAAAUGCAAUGGACAUGCCUCACGCUGUCUGAAAGACAAGGAAGGCAAACUGGUGUGUGACUGCAAGCACAACACAGAGGGCCCUGAAUGUGACCGCUGCAAGCCCUUUCACUAUGACCGACCAUGGCAGAGGGCCAAUGCCCGCGAGGCCAAUGAGUGUCUGCCGUGUAACUGUAACCUACACGCCCGUCGCUGUCGCUUCAACAUGGAGUUGUACAAACUGUCAGGGAGGAAGAGCGGAGGAGUCUGCAUGAACUGCCGCCACAACACCGCAGGACGCCACUGCCACUACUGUAAGGAGGGCUUUUACAGAGACAUGGCCAGACCGAUCAGUCACCGACGAGCCUGCAAAGCCUGUGACUGCCACCCUGUGGGCGCAGCGGGCAAGACGUGCAACCAGACCACAGGCCAGUGCCCCUGCAAGGACGGCGUCACCGGCAUCACCUGCAACCGCUGCGCCAAGGGCUACCAACAGAGCCGCUCUCCUGUGGCCCCCUGCAUCAAAAUCCCAGUGAUUGACCCCACAGCUGUAGUGAGCAGCACAGAAGAACCAGCAGAUUGUGAGUCAUAUUGUAAACCGGUGAAGGGCAACCUGAAGAUCAACAUGAAGAAAUAUUGCAAGAAGGAUUAUGCGGUACAAGUGAACGUACUGGACAUGGAGACGGUGGGGGACUGGGCCAAAUUCUCAGUUAGUGUGGUGUCUGUGUACAAGAGCCGUGGCGAGCCUUUGAAGAGAGGCGACAACAUCCUGUGGGUACACAUGAAGGACCUAGCCUGCAAAUGUCCGAAGAUCCAGAUGAGCAAACGAUUCUUGGUGAUGGGGGGCAGUGACGGCGGAACGGGCCCAGGGUCGGGCCCGGGGGUCGGACCCGGGGGUGGAGCCGUCGGUGCAGGGGCGGAGCGUGUGGGCCUGGUGGCUGAUAAAAACAGCCUGGUGAUCCAGUGGAGGGACAUUUGGACGAGACGUCUGAGGAAGUUCCAGCGCAAAGAGAAGAAGGGGAAGUGCAGCAAAGCAUGAUGGGAAAGCAGUGUCCAUCCCUACCUCCCUUCCUCGCCCACCCUCAUGAACCCUGACCCAGUGAUCCCCUUCCCAUGAAUCCCUUCUCCUCCCCCAUCACAGGAACACUGCACAUUACAAAGACUGCAUGUACCAUCCCUGUUUUAAGGACCACAUUUUGUGUAUAAUUAUUUUCCUUUUUAUUUUUCAAGUUUUGUCUUUAUGUCACUUUUUGUCUUUUUGUCCAUUGGUUUGCCUUAAAAAGGGACCAUUAAAAAGGGUAUGAAGUGUAGACAAAAGCAGACGCCAUUCCCUCCUUCAGCGACGACAGCGGUGUCCACUCCUCCCCCCCAACUACAACCCCGUGACUCCCAGUCUCCUUCUCCUGUCAAGACUGUCUCCUGCCACUUUGUUUCAGUACUCACAUAUAUGACUACCAGUGCUCACACUUCACAUACUUCUCUGAGGAUUUUAUGCCACAGUGUUCGUCACUUCAGAGACCAACUAAAAUCAGCAACAAGACGAGCUGCGCGUCCUCUGCUUGGCUGCCUCACGUUUUGCUGAUGAAACAAACUCGACUUGGAUCAGCACAAGCCGGUGCACCUGAUAACCUUUCAACAUUUGCUGUUAAAAUGUUCAUGAAAAUGGGGCCUACUUGCUCCAGGUCUCUGCAGUAACUUCUACAGACAGUAACUUAAAAAAAAAAAAAAGAAAAGAAAACUCUUGCCCCGUGAGGAACCAAGGGCUCCCUUUGCAGGGACAUUUUCCACAGCAAACCUCAGUCUCACCACCACUGCUGCUGCCACCAGACAGCCCUCACAGAAUAAACUGCUCAUAUAGGCUCUUAUAUCAACUAUUUGAUGCCACUGCUCAUAAUAGAAUUUAUAUUCUUUGUGUGGCUGUUUGUUAUCUCAUCCAUCCAUGUACCAGGCAUAUCCUUAUUUGAGAUAUAUCCGGUUGUUUAAUUUUUAAGCAGAACAAAGCCUGUUGGCUUGUGUGAGUCACAUUCCAGGCCUCUAGAGCUGUGCGUCUAGUCCCUCUCAUGAGUGGUUUAUAAAGUCAUGCAUCACCAUCAUGACUCAUUGCUUGUCACUUUUUCUGGAAGACAGAUUAAGCGGUGUGGACAAAUGGCUGGAAUUUCAGAACAAUACCAAUAUUUCCAAGGAGACUUUUUGCUUUAUGGGUAAUGUCUUCUGCUGGGUAGUGGCCUUCCAGAUGUUGCUGUGUGGCCACUGUCAUUUCUUUGUCUUUAAAAUGUCUGAAUAUUUUUCUGAUGUGUCUAGUGACUGGCAGGCUUGUGUUUGCCAAAAUAAGAGAUUGAAAGGAGAGUUCCUUUUCAUGCAGUAAAAAGAAAACAAAGUCGGAUAAACAACAUAGUCGUGUUUUUCUCUAGUAUAUUUUGACAAAAUGAAUGAGGCUGGAAAGUUUUUAGUGCUCACUGAUUGUAUUAUGACAUGAGAGGAUCAUAUUUCAUUCCUCAUGUGCUUUGUUAUGUUUGCAUGUUUGUGUUUUUUGCUGGUCCAUCAAAACCUUACAGUUAGCAGAGCAAGAACUAAACCAAUAUGAGCAUCGCGAUCCAAAGGAAAACUUCCCAAGUCAUCUUCCCCAACUUGCUUACCCGAACGCAGUCCCUGUCAUCCUUUGCCAAAUAAGCAUAGUCAGUUUUUAAAUUCAAUUAAGAGACUAUGAAAGUCAAGACCAACGAAAACCACAGAAAAACCCGUCUGGUUGCUCUCAAACUUUUUAUCUGCCUGUAAAGCACAUUACAAUUUAUUUAAAAAGAGUACAAGAUAAACACACAGUUUUGAGGGGCACAUCAAGCUAGCGUAGCAGUGAGUGUGCCGACAGGCAUGUCAUGCCAGCUAAUGGUUACGCUCCUUUGGUUGCAGCGGUAUGUUUGGUUUGUCAUUCUUCCAAAAGUGUCUCUCCUCCGCUCUCUUCUCUGUGUCAGCCACCACCCUCCCCAAACUCCCUUUUUAACCCAUUUUGCAUGUUUUGUAUUCAGUGUCUUAGAUAAGUGACAGCACAGAACGAGGCUGCCAAAACUGUACUGUACUGUAGUUCUUGUUUUCACGUCUUACGAGAAUGUAUGUCAAACUGUGAAGAACACACUCACGCAAGUGUAUGGUCUGAUUUUAAGUGUUUAUGAAAUAAUGUCACCAAGUCCAAGAAUGUGGUCUCCAUGACAGCUGCGGCUAUGAAUUAGAUUGUGUUCAAAUGGUCGUGGAUCUUCAUGCUUGUCUGUCUGUUUUAGGAUGACAUUUUAAUAAUCCCAUCCAAAAACAACCCAUAACCAAAAUGAGUUAUCGCCCACCGUGAUUUCUGGUGUGUGUCAGAAAAUGCAAAGAAGGACAAAACAGACUCUGAAGUUUUGACAGCUCUAUGCACAGGGCACAAUUCCCGCAGAUGGAAUUUCAGAAAAAUGCAGAACCAAGCGGUCAGUUAUUUGUGUGUCAGACAGGUGGCGUUAGUGGCACCAGCCUCCUCGCCCUAAUAUGUGAGUAUGGCGUGACACAUUAUGAUGUAUGGUCAAAUUACGUGCCCGUGAGGCCUCUCUGGCGCUCAACUCCUUAAGCGCCCAACACAUUCACGGAGGAACUGUAGCGUCCUUGAAUCUGGACUUUAUUUCACAUGGAAUCGUACAAAAGCCUUCUUUACUUCCUGUUGGCUCUCUGUUUUCCUCCUCUCAAGUGCCCACCCUCAAUGUUGGAAUAAAAGAUAAGAAGUAAGAGUGAGCCAGAUGUUGUUUGGGGGUAGAAACGUAGUCUUGUGAAAGCUAUUUAGUGAGCCUCAUAGGGAGAGCCGUCCUGUUGUUUUACGUUAACAAGCCCAGCAGCUUGGCAGUGGAACUGAGGCCAUAACUGCCUCACUUUGCUUUGUUUCCUCCCCCCUUUGCAGCAUUUAUAGCAUUCACAGGUGUGUCUGUGUGUGUGUGUCUAAUUAACCUACCCAAGUAAACAAGUGAUACGCACAUGAACUAUAAGUGCAGGGAGGUGAGAUGACUCUCAUCUGAAGGGCAGUGUUUUAGGGGGAUGGCCUAUGAUAAAGAAUUAUCAUUUACAUUUUCCUGGUCUGAUUGUCAUUCUUCUCUGUUUCACUUCCUUCUACGCCUUUGCCUUGUUUAAAGAGUCUUGACACAUUUUUAAUGUUGUAAAUAUGUACUGAACUGCCUCUGCCAUUUAUGUUGUCUUUAUGUAAAGCGUCACUCGGCCUGGGAUGGCUCACGUGUAUGGAUGUACAAACCAGAUGAUGUUAUAUGGAUGUAGAAACCAGAAACAUAUGCUUUUGUGAUCACGACCAGAAAGAUGUGGUUCAGAUAUUACACAGAAUGUAUUCCUUUUAGGUUUUAUGUUGUUGCCAGACAACAGCCGCCCAAUUGUAAAUGACUUUGAGGAGGAUCGAGUUUAAAAAAAAAAAAAGAAAAAAAAAAAAGUGACACGGGCUGAUCGGUCCCUUUGCUUUUUCCAUAGAGGUACAGGCGGGAA